UACUCUGCCACCCACGCCCAUCCGGCUCAUAUCGAGAUCCCUCCUUCUGCCUCUGCCCCACGAAAGGGUUCCGAUGAUAUGUCCGAAGCGUUAGACAGUCCAAUCAUGCAUACCCCAAGCUCUUCUCGACCUCCUCCCGCUAAAGGUAUUCUCAAAAAUGCCGUCAGGCGUCCGAGCGGGCCAUUGACAGGUGAUGAGAGACAAGGUGGGAGCGAGAGGAACCAAGAUCAUCUCACAUGGGAUGAAGAGAUGAUUGCUCUACAAGAAAUUGAAAAGCAAGAAGAACAAAGAAUGAAAAUUGACGAGCCUAAAACGCCUUUCGUGCGAUACGACGCCUUGAAUGAUGUAGUACUCAGUGGUGAGUCUUUUUUAUCAUAUGUACCGAAGUUCGAUUUGGAACAAGAUCAUCCACCUCGUUCUCCAUCCACGCCUCGAAGCAGUGCACCCGGAACCCCAUCGACGACGUCGUCUCAUCCUCGUCGUCCUUCUUCUUCCUCCUCCACAUCCUCUCGUUCUACAUCUUUCUCUCUUCCUAAUCAUCCAGGAAUCAUCCGACCCGGUCCACGUUCCACUUCACCGGCCGUCCCCGCUGUCCCUGGACCUAAACCCUCUGCCCCACAGGCCCGGUCGGGAGAAUUGGAAGCUCCUAUCUCUCUCGGAGCCACACAUGCAAACACGGCCGCCAAUGCUGGAGAGGUAUUCACCGAUUCUGACGAAGAAGAUAAGAGUCCGGAGGCUAUCGCUCAUAGGGAAGCGUUCAAGAGGAUGAGAAAGGGGCAUUAUGCCAAUGAGGCAGAUGCUAUUGCUCGAGCAAAGGCGUUGAUGGAGAAGGAAGAAGAAUCAAUGAAUGUUGAUGGU